AUGGAGCCUAGAUAUCCUCUUACAGGGCCCCAGAUGAAUACCAGGUUUCCUACAAGCAGAAUGGUACCUUUCUACUUUCCUCCAUCAAAAUGUGCACUUUGGAACCCGAUGCCAAUAGGAGAUUUCAUCUAUUUACACCUCAAUUACUACAGAAAUCCAAAGCUUGUGGUAACUGAAAAGACCAUCCGACUUGCUUAUCGUCAUGCUAAGCAGAAUAAAAAAAACCUGCCAUGCUUUUUACUUGGUUCUCUCAUAGUAGAUGAAGAUGAAGAAAGUGUGACAUUGACAGUAGAUCGUUUUGAUCCUGGUCGAGAAGUACCUGAAUGUUUAGAAAGAACCCCUACUGCUGCUCUUCCUGGGGACUUUGUGAUUCCUUGCAAAAUUUAUACUCAUGGACUUUGCUCAAAAGAAGUAAUAGUUCAUGAUGCAGAUGACUUCAGUUCAGCUUUUAAGGCUCUGCAGCACCAUGUAUGUAGCAAAGAUUCCUUGGAUUGUGGUAAACUACUUUCCCUAAGAGCUCAUAUCACUUCCAGGGAAAGUUUGGACAAUGUGGAUUUGGACUUGCAUUGGGCAGCAGUAACUCUAGCGCAUACUUUUAAAUGCACACCUGUGAAGCCCAUCCCCAUUAUUCCAACAGCCCUGGCAAGAAACUUGAGCAGUAAUCUGAAUAUUUCUCAAGUUCAAGGUACCUAUAAAUAUGGAUAUCUUACCAUGGAUGAAACACGCAAAUUAUUACUUUUGCUGGAAUCAGAUCCCAAGAUUUGCUCUCUACCAUUAGUGGGAAUUUGGCUGUCUGGAAUUAUACAUAUUUAUAGUCCUCAGGUGUGGGCUUGCUGCUUACGAUACAUGUUCAGUUCUUCUAUUCAAGAAAGGGUUUUUUCAGAAUCUGGAAAUUUCAUUAUAGUUCUCUAUUCUGUGACACAUAAGGAUCCUGAGUUUUAUGAAUGCCUCCCCUGUGAUGGCAGGUCAUCUGACCUUCAGUUCCAGCUACUAACCAGCAAGGAAACAUUACAUCUUUUCAAAAAUGUUGAACCUUCUGAUAAAAAGUCAAUCCAUUUUGAACUGACUGCUGAAAGCCAAAAUGCAGAAACAGAGUUUUUCAACAAAGUUUCCAAGAAUCUUUCAAUUAAAAGGUCUUCCCAAAAGUUAUCUCCAGGGAAAAUGCCAAUAAAUGAUCAUGACUCUGGUGUUGAAGAUGAAGAUUUUUCUCCAAGACCAAUUCCUAGUCCUCAUCCUGUGAGUCAGAAGGUUUCUAAGAUCCAACCAUCAGUUCCUGAACUUUCGCUUGUGUUGGAUGGCAAUUUCUUAGAAUCAAAUCCUCUCCCUAAGCCAUUGGAAAUGGUGAAUAAUGAAAACCCUUCUUUGUUGAUUAACCACUCUGAACACUUGGAUCCAUUGCAACCCCAGCUUUACGAUGACGAACACAGCCUCGAAGCUAAAGCUGGAGAGCCUUCCUUGAGAGGGUUACCAAAUCAGUUAACCCAGAGCACUGUUCCUUUAAGACAUGGCAAAGUAAGACAAUCAUCUACCUGUAAAAAAGGGAACCCCCAUAACAGGAACAGUGGUAAACCAUCUUCUCUUAAUGGGCCAUCUCCUGAUACAAAUUUACACAAAGAAGAAUAUCUUAUAGGAUCCUCCACAUGUAAUUCCAAGCAGUCUUCUCUUGCCUCACAGUCCCACCCACACAAUUUUGUUUUUUCAUCCUGUAAUUCAGGAAGACCAAUGGAACUUCAGAUACCUACUCCACCACCACCAUCUUACUACUCUACAAAUGUCUGCAGUUGUUGUCAGCAUCAUGGCCAUAUUCAGUAUAGUCCAGUAAAUUCUUGGCAAGGAAUGAAUACAGUAGGGUCCAUUCAAGACCUCCAGUCUGAAGCCCUUCACAAACAUUCGUUAUUUCACCCAGGUGGAUAUCCAGUUCUGUACUCUAAUGCAUUCUGUGCUUCAAGUAGUCCUAUAGCCUCGAGACCCCAGGGAAGCACGGGUGGUUGCCCUCCCCACAGCACUGUAGAACCAUCGCCUGUGGCAAGACUGCCUUCACACGUGGACGCAUGUAACUCACGGCCCUGUGCAGUGUGCACACACACACCCAAGACCGGGCCAGAUAAUGGAAUGAUGGGACUGUCUCCGGAUGCAUAUAGGUUCCUCACAGAACAGGACAGACAGCUGAGACUGCUUCAGGCACAGAUUCAGCGUUUAUUGGAGGCACAGUCUCUGCAGCCCUGUUCCCCUAAGACAACCUCUGUUGAAAACACGGCACAAGCAGCAAGACAGAUGGAGCUGGUUUCCAUGGAAGCACAGUCUUCUCCUGGCUUGCACAUGAGAAAAAGUGUGAGCAUUGCUGUGAGCACAGGUGCCAGCUUGUUUUGGAAUGCAGCAGGCGAUGGUCAAGAGCCUGAAUCUCAGCUGAGGCAAGAUGAUACAAAGAUUUCCAGUGAGGACAUGAAUUUUUCUGUUGAUAUUAAUAAUGGAGUCACAAGUCCUCCAGGUAGUUCAUCUUCAUUAAAAGCAGUUGAUAUUCCCAGCUUUGAAGAGAGCAACAUUGCUGCGGAAGAAGAAUUUAAUCAGCCACAUUCUGUAUCCAACAGCUCUUCUCCAGGUGUGAGAAAAGAACCUGAUGUGCCCGUGUUCCUUGCAAAUUCUGUGCCAGCAGAGAGUAUAAGCAUGUGCUUACAGAGUGGACCAACAGAGGGUGCUAGUAACAACCCUGUAACAUCAGGUGAACCCAAAACUGAGCAAGCGAUACAACCCUUGCCUCCUCAACCAUCAGACAGGCAGAAAAUAUACCAGGAUUUAUUGAGUCAAGUGAACCACCUACUGAAUAGCUCCUCCAAAGAAACUGAGCAGCCGUCCACCAAAGCAGUAAUUAUCAGCCAUGAAUGUACCAGAACACAAAAUGUUUACCAUACAAAGAAAAAAAAACGUGAUUCAGGGCCAGCAGACAAAGAUUGUGUUCUUAAUGCAACCCUUAAACAACUAAGAAACCUUGGAGUAAAAAUUGAUUCUCCCACUAAAGUGAAUAAAAAUGCACAUAAAGUGGAUCAUGCCAGUGUGUUGGCAUGCAUCAGCCCCGAAGCAGUGAUUUCUGGAUUAAACUACAUGUCAUUUGCUAAUGUUGGUAUGAGUGGCUUAAGCCCCAACGGCGUGGAUUUGAGCAUGGAGGCGAAUGCUAUAGCUCUGAAAUAUUUAAAUGAAAAUCAGCUGUCACAACUAUCCCUCAGUCGAUCAAACCAAAAUAACUGUGACUCAUCUUUUAGUCUUCUACAUAUUAAUACAGACAGAAGCACAGUGGGGCUUAGUUUAAUUUCACCAAACAACAUGUCAUUUGCAACCAAAAAAUAUAUGAAGAGAUAUGGACUCAUUCAAAGCAGUGACAACAGUGAAGAUGAAGAGGAGCCUCCAAACCAUACAGAGGGCAAGAGUGAACAUUUACUGAAUCAAAACCUUACAUCCACACCUGAGCAACUAGACUGUCAGACAGAGCCGUCUAGGAACACCUGUGAAAUAAUUAAUUGUCACAACUGUGAACCCGUGAGCACCCACACAGAUAUGCCAGUACUGAGAAAUAUUACAAAUGAAGUUGUGCGGCCAAAAGCAAUGCAGCAAUUGAAUGAAAACCCAGCUUUCUUAUUAAAAAACUUUAAACCAAGUCCUGCAGUGAACCUCCGAACUGGAAAAGCAGAGUUUACCCAACAUCCUGAGAAAGAAAAUGAAAGGGACUCUCCAAUUCUUCCUGAAAGUUUCAAACCUGAAACUUUAAAGCAGAUGAACAGUAUGAAUUCAGUAGGCACUUUCUUAGAUGUAAAGCGGCUCAGACAGUUGCCAAAACUAUUUUGA